ACUUGCUCCAUUGAACAACGAUCUGACUAGUUUCGACAGGUUUCGACCAAAACAUUGGCUUGUUGAAUAUCUAUACCAGUUAACUGGUCAAUUGACAGAAACCAUGGAAACUGCAGUUGAAACCGAUUUUAACCAACGUUUAAACGAAACUACGUUGAAUGUAUGAAACGAUUUAUUAUAGUGUACAAAAGACAUGUUGCUUUUUCACUGGGAUUGGCAUUAUGCGAUUCUGACAGUUAAAAGACGCACCAGGGACGCGCGGAAAACGAAACGAAAAAGAAUUUUUACGCCGAGGCGUAUCAAAUUUUACGAACAGGAAUAAAUUCUUGGAUAUUGGUGUAAAAAAUCUGUCUGGAGUCGUUUCUACUUAAGCAUCACAAACAUUUCCUGUGUUUCUCGAAACUACAGCUAAAAUUUAGUAGAAGCGACCAUUAUCUCGCCUCAUAAUGGGAAAAUCAAAGAAAAAGUAUGAGUCCAGCAGCAGUUCCAGCUCUUCGGAAGCCUCCGAUUCUAGUGAAAGCACCAGCUCUGAAGAUGUCAAACGAAAGGCUAAGAAGAAAAAGGCCAGCCGGAAGCAUAAAAAAUCUUCUGGAACAAGUUCGUUGGCAAAGGGACGCGGUGCCAGUACUGGUACCGAUCUGGAAUCUGGAACUGACCCGUCGAGUGAUGACGAGGAAGCUGUUGUGAAAGCUAAAGCUGCCCAUGCUGCAUCGAAGAAAAAACACAAAAAGCAUAAGAAACAAAAGAAGGCCAAAAAGCACAAGAAACACAAACGAGGAGCGGAUUCGGAAGAUGAAGGUGGAAAGAGGACUGAGGUGCACGAGGAAGAGGACGAGGAGAUGGAGGAGGUUAUUGAAGAAGUCGUCCCAGAUCGGAGACGACGGGCAUCGUCUAGCGAGUAUGUGUCGUCGCGAAGGGAAUCAUCCGGUGGCAGGGGGCGGGCAGCUAACAGGGACGACCGCGAUCGUUCGCCAGUUAAUAGGGACCGAAAUCGUAGCCGGGAUCAAAAGCACCCAACUUCCAAAUGGGACAGUCCGGCCAAUAAUGGUGGUGGUGGACGAGAUGGAGACUACCGCCGAAAGAGGUCCCACUCGCCACGGGAACUAUCCAGCGGGGGUAAUUAUCGACAAAACUCACGGGGUGGUGGCAGCGGCGGAGGUUACAAUGACGACUACCACCGACAGAAGGCACCCAGGUCACCACCGCCACCGCAGAGAAAUUCUCCUCCAUCGCGUGAUUUCGAUCGUGGCCGGCAUGGUGGAGGUCGUUUUGAAGACCGACAUCACUCACCACCACCACCCCCACCACAGGAAAGAAGAUGGGGUGGCGGGGGCGAUCGAUACGAAGAUGAUCGUCAUGGCGGAGGGCGAGGGGACGAUUUUCGUAAACCUUCUUCGCCAGGUCGACGAAGAUUCGGCAAUGAUGAUCGGCGCGAUUUUGGCAACAACGAUCGAAGGCAGCCACAUCAGAUGCGGGGAGAACGGUUCGACGAUUUCGGUGGUCGAGGUGAAAGAAACAUCCGCGAUCGACCCCCGAAUCGGAACGAGUUCGACGAUCGUGGUGGUCCUAGGCGAAGAAAUUCGUCCCCCAUUGGUGGCGGUCCGCCGCAUCGUGGCGGACGAGAUCGUAGUCCGAUGCAAGAUUUCCGAGGCGGUAACGAAUAUGGUGGUGGUGGUUUUCGGGACCGUUUCGAUGGAUCCGGAGGCCCACCGCACCGAGGUAACGGUGACAGAGGUGGCCGUUUCCAACAAGCACCUCGUCGUGGUUCCUUCGGCCGUGGAGGAGCCCGUGGCGGUGGACGGCGUGGAGGGUUCCAUGGCGAUCGAGAUAGUUUUGGAGAUCGUGGAGGAGAUAUGGAUCACCAGAGGAAGCCACCACCCGGAUGGGGACGGCGAUCUCCGCCACCCUCGCCACCACCCCCGGCGAGAUCAAGAUCCCGGGAACGUAACGGCUCGGGGCGAAUGGGAAGACCUGUCGGUGGUUCAGCCCGGGAUAGGAUCAGUUCGCCGCCGCCGGUAAAGAUGGAACGCCGUUCGCGAAGCCACAGUCGUAGUCGAAGUCCUCCAGCACCGGCACCGAUGCCCCAGCGACAACGAAAAUUUCCUCGGAAAGAGGAAAAAGAAGAUGAAGCCGACUACGAGUGGGGCGCCGCUAAGCGAAAACAACCUAAACAGGAAUCCGGUUUUCGCGAAGGAAGUAGCGACGGUUCUAUGUCGGACAAAAAAGAAACACUUGAUAAGGAAAAACCAAACUUUGCCCUUUCCGGUAAAUUGACGGAGGAAACCAACAAGGUAAACGGGGUGGUAAUUAAGUAUGCCGAACCACCGGAAUCCCGCAAACCCAAACGUCGUUGGCGUCUGUAUCCGUUCAAAGGCGAACAAGCUUUACCUACGCUGUAUAUUCAUCGACAAAGCUGCUACCUUAUCGGCCGAGAUCGCAAGGUAUGCGAUCUUCCUAUCGAUCAUCCUUCCUGCUCGAAACAGCAUGCUGCCCUGCAGUAUCGUCUGGUGCCGUACGAACGGGAGGAUGGAACAGCUGGUAAGCGUGUACGACCAUACAUAAUUGAUUUGGAGUCUGCUAACGGGACGUUCGUCAACAACAAGAAGGUGGACACCAAGAAGUACAUCGAAUUGUUGGAAAAGGAUGUGCUUAAGUUUGGCUUCAGCUCCCGAGAGUACGUAUUGCUGCAUGAGAACAGUAAGGAAGAUCAGGAAGAUGACGAUGUAGUAGAUGACGCGAAAGAUACCGGUGGCAAAGAUCGAAAGCCCGGCGCCAACUCUGGUAACUCGCGGAACAAGCGGGAAGCUAGCGAGUAAGAGUUGUGGUUAAUCGAUUUCCGAAUGUUUGAACUUAUUUUAUCAUGGAACAAGCUGCAGCACUCUGCAUCUAAAAACGUCACUACAGCAGAUGUUUUAUUCUUCAGGAUCGAUUUGACUGAACAGAUUUCGCUCGAAGAUAAGAGGGAAUCUCUAAGGCACACGUUUAGCAUGCGCAUUCUAGGGAGCACGAUCAACACAACAUCGAUCAACUAUAAAAAUAUUUCAAUUGUUUGUUUAAUAUAAAUUUAAUAUCAACCAAUAUUACUCUAAAGGACGGAUGGUCUACCACUAAAAAAGGAAUACAUAAUAUCCAGUAAAAGGCCAUCAGCAGCAGAAGCAGCAUUGCAAACUAGAACAACAACCAAACACAGAAUCAGAAUAGAGUGUAAUUGCAUAAACUUAGUAGAGCGAUAUCAAGGCAUAAUAAAGUACCCUACCAAAUCAAUAAUCAACAUCAA